AUGAGGAACGUCCCACAUCAGGACGCUGAACGUCCCACAUCAGGACGCUGUGAGGAACGUCCCACAUCAGGACGCUGUGAGGAAAGCCCCACACCAGGACGCUCUGAGGAAAGUCCUGCACCAGCACGCUCUGAGGAAAGUCCCGCCCAAGGACGCUGUGAAGAAAGUCCCACACCAAGACGCUCUGAGGAAAGUCCCACACCAGGACACUCUGAGGAAAGUCCCACACCAGGAGGCUGUGAGGAAAGUCCCACACCAAGACGCUCUGAGGAAAGCCCCGUCCCAGGACUCGAUGAGGAACGUCCCACAUCAGGACGCUGUGAGGAACGUCCCACAUCAGGACGCUGUGAGGAACGUCCCACACCAGGACGCUCUGAGGAAAGUCCCACACCAGGACACUCUGAGGAAAGUCCCACACCAAGACGCUGUGAGGAAAGUCCCGCCCAAGGACGCUGUGAGGAAAGUCCCACACCAGGACGCUGUGAGGAAAGUCCCACACCAGGACACUGUGAGGAAAGCCCUGCUUCAGGACUCAAUGAUGAACGUCCCACACCAGGACGCUCUGAGGAAAGCCCCGCCCCAGGAUGCUGUGAGGAAAGCCCCACACCAGGACGCUGUGAGGAAAGCCCCGCCCCAGGACUCAAUGUUGAACGUCCCACACCAGGACGCUGUGAGGAAAGUCCCACACCAGCACACUGUGAAGAAAGCCCCGCCCCAGGACGCUGUGAGGAAAGUCCCACACCAGCACACUUUGAAGAAAAUCCUGCUCCAGGACGCUGUGAGGAAAGUCCCACACCAGGAUGCUGUGAGGAAAGUCCCACACCAAGACGCUCUGAGGAAAGCCCCGUCCCAGGACUCUAUGAGGAACGUCCCACAUCAGGACGCUGUGAGGAAAGUCCCACACCAGGACGCUGUGAGGAAAGUCCCACACCAGGAUGCUGUGAGGAAAGUCCUGCUCCAGGACGCUGUGAGGAAAGUCCUGCUCCAGGACGCUGUGAGGAAAGUCCCACACCAGGACGCUGUGAGGAAAGCCCCACACCAGGACGCUCUGAGGAAAGUCCCACACCAGGACACUUUGAGGAAAGUCCUGCUCCAGGACGCUGUGAGGAAAGUCCCACACCAAGACGCUCUGAGGAAAGUCCCACACCAGGACGCUCUGAGGAAAGUCCUGCACCAGAACGCUCUGAGGAAAGUCCCACACCAGGACGCUCUGAGGAUAUUUUCAACUAUUCUUUUUGGGAAACAGGACAAGAAUUUGAUGAAAUGGAAGUUGACUCAGAUUUUGUUCCAUAUGACUCCAGUUCUGAUGAAAGUGAUGUCUUUGAAUAUAUUCCAAAUCUGAGCAAAUUUGAAAAGGUAUCUAAGUCAAAUGUACAAAAUAUGGAAUGUGAUUCUGAUGAUGGAGAGAAAGCGGAACAUGAAAAUGAAGAUGAUGAGCUUGAAUGUGAAGAAGCAUUGUGUGAAGACCAAAUAUCAAGAGAUGUCACCCACAGGAAUAUUUAUAUCAGAAAAGUUCUAAAGAGUGAGAAAGGAUCACGAGCCCAAGCAUCGAAGAAAAAGAAUCUCCGGGUAUAUAACAGUUAUCAUGCAUGUUUCAUAUGUGGAAAGUUAGUGCAGCAUAUUCCAACUCAUUUAAAAACCCACAGAAACAAUCCCAAGGUGAAAGACAUUUUACUACAGAAAGUACCAGAUUUUUCCAAAGUGAGGAGGUUUGGUGAUGACUUGCACAACAGGAAAGUUGUUGAAGAAUUAAAAGGAGAAUUUCUUUUAGCCAGGCGUCCUUCAGACAACAAACUUGACAUUUCUUUGUACGGACCAUGUCCAAAUUGUAGUGAAUGGAUCUUGUUGAAAUGUAUUAAGUACCAUCACCAGAGAUGUACCAAAAAGGAAGGAAAAAAUGUAAAACUCAGUAGAAGAAGCCUUUCUACCCAAUCUAUGAUAUUAGCAGGGCAUAUCCAGUCAAAAUGUUCCAAAGCUAUGUUGACAGAAGUUUUUCCUAGCAUGAUAGAUGAUAAAAUAGCCAAGGUGGCGAAAGAGGAUGAACUAAUUGUUGCUCUGGGGGAAAGCUGGCUGAGGAGAAAUAUAGAUAACAUUGAAAAGAGACGUUACUAUGCUAGCCAAAGGAUGAGACUUUGUGCGCGGUUUCUUACACAACUACGUGAACUGCACAAAACAAUGGUGAAAUCUGGAAACCAGGAAAACAGUGAACCGGAUGAAGCUAUACUUGAAUCGGAUGGCGAUGGAUGCAACCAGGAUAUGUCGUACUACUUGAAGCCAUGUUUCUUUGACAUGAUUGCUCAAGCAGCACUGACAUGCUGCAUUCCAUUUAUGGAUGAUGAGGAGGAAUUAGAAUCUCCCAGCAAUGCAAUAAAGCUGAAGUAUGACAUCAAAAGAUUAGUUGAUGCUAAAUGGGCUUUGUGUUUGAAAGGAAAAUUUGAUGAACCCAAAUCUGCAUCAAAAGAUUGCAAAGCUGUCCUCAAACUAAUGGACAUUGAAUGGAAAGAAAAAGUAACACGCCAUGCAAGAGCAGUACUGGCUAGACGUUCAUUUGAUCGUACCAAGGAACUGCCAGACCCAGAAGAUAUUCAACGACUUACAAAACACCUCAUGGAAGAAUUGAAAACAACAGAGUUGACAAGUGGGAACUAUUAUCGUGUUGUGCUGUUGCUUCAAACACGACUUCUUCUUUUCAACAAACGUCGAGCUGGGGAACUGGAGGUUAUCAAGCUACAAAGCUAUGCUUCAAGAACAAAGGACCUAUCCGACAUAGAUGCAAGUAUGGUUGGGGAGUUGUCAGAAGUAGAAAAACUGUUGCUGAAGACCCAAGAACUGAUGACCGUACGAGGAAAGAGAUGUAGACCGGUACCAGUCAUCAUACCAGCAGAUGCAAGGAAACCUCUGGAGUUCAUCUCCGACAAAGGGGUACGAAAUGAAGCAGGUGUCGACCCAAACAACCAAUACUUAUUCCCAAACUCGUUGAAGUCUUAUGCAAGGGUAUACAGCUCUCUAAAAAAGAUCUGUGAGGAAUGUGAGCUGGCUUCUCCAUCACGAAUAACAAGCGUGUCCAUGCGCAAAUACACCGCAACUCUCACACAAGUGAUGAAUCUGAAGGAUAAUGAAAUGGAGUGGCUUUGCAGUCAUCUUGGCCACACAAGCAAGGUACACAAGCAGCAUUACAAACAGAUGUCCGGGAUGUUGGAAAGAACAUAUGUGAGCAAACUUUUGCUGGUUCAAGACCUCAAUUUGACGAAAAAUUUCAAAGGACAGAACCUAGAAAACAUUGACCUGAAAGACAUUCUCUUGGAAGGUGUUCAGGACAAAAUUCACGACGAUGGGCAAGAUCCAACAGACAAUUCUGCAGAAUUCAGUGUGCUAGAAGAAGUUGAGGAUGAAAGUGUUAUGUUUGACGAGAAGGAAUCAGAGUCUGACUCUGAGGUAGAAGACAGGCCACCAUUGUCAAAAAAACCCAGACUUUCCAGGCAGAAAUGGAGCGCAAAAGAGGAGGAAGAGAUCCAAACUUACUUUAAGACUUACCUAUCGUCUGGAACUACUCCAAGAGCCCAAGCAUGUCAAAAAGCAAAAUCAAAAAGUUUGAAAAACGGUGGAGAACUGCAUAAAAGAGCAAAUCAUCUUAUUAUCAAGAAAAUCAGUGCCAUCAACCAUAAAGCAAAGAAAAACUAAAGUCUUGUUUACUCAAAAGAGGCAUCAUUCCUGAUUUGACUUCAAUCACAUAUUGCAAAUUGUAGAAAUGAAUAUUGUAUUAAAAUUGUUGUGUUUGCUCCUAAAGGACACCCAUUGAAUGAUUUAUUGUAUCUUGUUAAAAUUGAAAGUCUGGUUAUUUCAUGUCCUAGGUAAGGACAUGAUAAGUGCUGCUAUCACUUUGCAUUUUGAAUGUGGAAAAAUACAAGACUAAAAACAUGUUUUAUUUCGCUUUAGCAGGACCAACAUAUUUUACUUUCAACAUGGAGCUUUUUAGGUCACCCGAGACGAAGUGUCAUGGGGACCUUUUGCGAUCUUUAUUAUGUAUGAACUAUGAUAUAUAGGUGCUGACCUUUAAAAGCAGUGUUUAUGUUGGUAUGAAAGUGUCGGAUGGAAGCACCUAGCACCAUCGUGUAUCACCAUAUAUAACGGAUGUAUGUACUAGUCAGGCGACAGGGAACUGGCAAAUUUUGUAAACAGGAAAGAAAAUUUGCAUUUUUAAUGAAACUGAUUUAGCUUUACACAUAAUUCAAGUAAUGAAACGCUUUCUUACAAAACAGAGGUUGUUCUCAGCACCUCUUUUAAAGUAUAAGGAUAACCAGUAAUGAUAAAGAAAGAAAAACUUGUCACUUAGUUCUUCCGAAAUUUUACCGUAGUCAAAUUAAUUUGUCAUUUGAAGCAGUUUAUGUCACAUUACUGCACGAUCUGACUGUACAACAACUAUUUUUACAGUAUUUAACAUUUAUACUUAAUCUGCAUGUGCACACGCAAUAAUAAUCGUGAUUUUAGAAAUUGUUUUCAACGGCGGUGUACGGUGUCUUCUAUAAUGGUACAGCGGUGUACGGUGGAGUAAGACACUGUACACCGCUGUUGAAAACAAUUUCUAAAAUCUCGAUUAUUAUUGCGUCUGCACAUGCAGAUUAAGUAAAACCGUUAAAUACUUUAAAAAUAGUUGUCGUACAGUCAGUCAGAUCGUGCAGUAAAGCGACAUAAACUGCUUCAAAUAACAAUUUAAUUUGACUGGUAAAAUUUCCGAAGUACUACCGGUAAGUGACAAGUUUCGUUACAUAAAGACUUAUUUCAUACACGCACAGACUCAUACUUUAACAGUAGUAGAGUUCUAAAAGAAACAAUAUCAAGUUUUUCCUUUUUUCGAUUUGUUACGUUAUAAGUGCUUUCAAAUCAACCCAUCGUUUUUCAAAUUUUUGGACAGUCAUAUUUUUCCUAUGAAUGUACUGUGCAAUUUUGUAAUGUUUUUCUAGUUCCAUUUUGAAUAUAAAUAGAGCAGGCAGAUGAUUUUUAUACUUUUGCUUGUAUAUGUGUAAUUUUGAUAAAACAAUAAUUAAGUUUACGUUGUUUAUUUCGUUGUCCGUUUUCCCAAGGAUAACAUCUGAAUUAUUCAAACUGAUGAGUUUUCUCGGUUUUGUUUUCUACCCAUGUGGUGAAUUCUUGCCAAAAUUUUGUAACAAGAGUACAUUCCCAAAACAAGUGGAUUAUUGAUUCUAUAUUUGCUUUACAAAAUGAGCAUACAGGCGAGUUAAUUACAUUUAUCAUACACAGGUAUUUGUUUGUGCUAAUGAUUCUGUGAGUAAUUCUGUAUUGGAACCAUUUAAGUGUUGAGUCCGAGGUUAACUUAAAUAUUAUAAAGUUAAUCUUUUCCCACCAAUAUUGAUUUUGAUGUAUAUCAAGUUCAAGUGACCAUUUGACUUUGUAUUUAUCAUUUGUAGUUAAAUCUUCAAUAAAAAGAUUAUAUAUCGAGAGUCCUCGUUGUUUAUUUGUUAAGAUGUGAUAAAUGUACUUUUGACAAUGUGGAAGUAUAAUAGUGGAAUUAUAAUUUCUCAGAAAAGGCCAUUUAGACAGAAUGGUAUUCCUGAUGCCAUAAAACUGAGUUAG